AUGAAAUUAUUAAGUUUUAAAAAGAAACCUUCAUUAACAAAAAGUCAAAGUUGUCCAGAUAAAUUAAAGAAUUUAAAAGAACAACAAAAAGAUCCAAAGAAUGGAGCCAAUUAUGAUACUGCAACAAUUAAAUCUUAUACAUUACAACAACAUCAACAACAACAACAACAACAAAGAGAAGAUAAUAAUAUGAUUAAUAAUGAAAAUGAAGAUUUUUCAUUUAAUUAUUUUGAUUAUGAUGAAGAUCAAGAAUCAACUUAUAGUAGAGAAGAAAGAUUAUUCUUUUCAAUUUGGAGAAAUAAUAAAAUUAAAAGAUGUAUUUUCCAUCAUUUGGAGAUAUUCAAUUUAAUGAAUAAUAUUAAUGACCCAAUUACAUUGGACCAAUUAAAUUUAAUUGACUCUGGUAAACUUAGAGAUUAUUGUAAAAUUGUAAAGAUUGAAAAGAAUGAAAAGAUUGAAUUGCAAUGCAUGCCAAUUCCAAACCAUAUUGAGAAACUAAUAUUUUCAAAUGAAUUUGAUAAACCAAUUAAAGCUGGAACCAUUCCUCAAUCAGUUGUAGAGAUUGAAUUUGGUGAGAAAUUCAACCAAGUUUUAAAACAGGGUCAACUACCGCCAUCAUUGGAGAUUUUGAAAUUUGGUAAAAGAUUCAACCAAAUGGUUACACAUUCCACUGGUGAAUUGCCAACAUCUCUAACUACUCUUAUAUUCGGUAACAAUUUCGAUCAAAUCAUUCUAAAGAAUUUCAUACCACCAAAUGUAUCAACAUUAAUAUUUGGUUUAAACUUUGAUCAACCUUUAUCACCUGGUUACAUUCCAUCCAGUGUCACUAAACUUGAAUUUCAAGAGAACUUUAAUCAACCAUUAACCAUUGGUACAAUUCCAAAAAAUGUUAAACAUUUGAAAAUAUUUAGUAAAUUCCCAUUAAAUCAAGGUGCAAUCCCACAAAGUUGUACAACACUAUACUAUGGUGGUGAUUGUAAUCAAGGUACAAAGAAUAUACCAGAUUCCGUUAAAUCUUUACAUUUCCUUCAAUCAAUUGAUUGUAAUAACCUCACUAAAGAAAGAUCAUUAUCAAAAUCAUCAUCAUCAAUAUCAUUAGAUAUUAGUGGUGGUGGUAGUGGUAGUGGUAGUGGUGUUAAUUCAACAACAACAAGUGAAAAAAUAACUUUUUUACAACCUGAAUCAAUUUGUAAAUCAGUUACAAAUUUAACAAUUGAAUUAAAUCAAGGACCACCAAAUAAGAAAUAUUUACCAAUGAAUUCAGUUACUCAAUUGUCACUUGGUAUUAAUGAAUUUAAAAAACCAUUGAAAUCAAGUUAUAUUCCAAAUUGUUGUACUUCAUUAUUAUUAAAUAUUGGUCCAGAUUAUAAAUUUCAACAAUUAUUAUCAAAAUCAAUACCAUCAUCAGUUACAGCUUUACAAUUUGGUCCAAAUUUUAAUUUAACUAUUAUGCCAAAUUCUUUACCAAUUCAUUUAAGAUCAAUUGAUUUCGGUGAUGGUUUUAAUCAACAACUCUUACAAAAUUCUUUACCAACUUUAAUUGAUUCAAUUAAAUUUGGUAAUUCUUAUAAUCAACCAAUUUCAAAUAAUGUUUUAUCAAAUUCAAAUUAUUUAACAUCAAUUGAAUUUGGUAAAUCAUUUGACCAACCUUUAAUCAUUGGUAAUGGUAUUGGUAAUUUAAAUAAUAAUAAUAUAAAUAAUAAUGUUACAAAUUCAAAUUUACCAAUAACAUUAAAUAAAUUAAAAUUUUCAAAAGAUUCAAAUUUUAAAAGUUUAUUAAAAAUUGAAUCAGAUUCAAUGAUUGAAGAGAUUGAAUUUGGUGAUCAAUAUAAUGAAGAAUUUAAUAAUCAAUGUUCUUUAGGUUGUACUCAUUUACUUUCAAUUAAAUUUGGUGAAAAUUUUAAUCAACCAAUUAAUAAUUUACCAAUUUCAAUUAAAAAAUUAAUUUUUGGAAAUUCAUUUAAUCAAUCAAUCAAAAAUUUACCUGAAAAUUUAACAUCUUUAUCUUUAGGUACCUCUUUUUCUCAAAAUUUAAUUAAUUUACCAAAUUCAUUAAUUGAAUUAAAAAUGUUUAAUAAGGAUUUUUUAAAUAAUUUAAAUUUUAGUAAUAAUAAUAAUGAAAAUAAUAAUGAAAAUAAUAAUGAAAAUAAUAAUGAAAAUAAUAAUGAAAAUAAUAAUGAAAAUAAUAAUAAUACCAAUAGUUUCAAUGAUUUUAUAAAAAAUACAACAAUUAAGAGAAUUAAAGUACCUUGUUUAAUUACAACACUAAAUUUUAUUGUUGAAAAGAAUAAAUCUAAAAAUUGUUCGUUGUUAAAAUUUUAUUGUUUUGUAGUUGCUAAUAAUAAUUAUACAAAUUUGGUGAAGUAUAAUUUACUGUUAAAUAAAUCUUAUUUCGAGAAAUGGAGUAAAAAAAAAGAAGGGCAGUCACCAAGAAAACAAAGAAAAAAAAAGAUACCAACUGACCAACGCAGCACAAAAUUACUUUUGGUGCGGAAAUUUUUAUAUCAAGUUUUUUUUUUUUUUUUUUUUUUUUUUUUUUAA